AUGGUCCAAUUUUGCCCUAUAUGCCAAGUAAAAGUAACUAAAAGAAACAGAAAGAAACACACCAAGAUGUAUGAAAUACAAAAUAUGCAAGCUCUUCAAGAAAGAAUCAGACAAGAGAGAGAUUGGAGUCAAGUCAAUUCUUUUUCUUCAGUAUUACCUCUAAAGCAUACUAGAGCAGAAACAAUCUCUGGUGAUGAACAGACUUACAUGUGUUCCAAUCAAUCAAAUGAUGUGGACAAUUUUUUGGUUGUGAACGAUUGCGAUCCUGCAGAUUUUGAAGAAGGGGAGAAAUCACUUGCUGUAAAUGCAGAAAACAAUUAUAUGGAUACAGAAAAUUCAAACGUAUCAUUCGACAAUGUCAAAACUCGUGAAGAGAUUGUGGAAGAAAGAGACGAUUCUUUAUCCUUGUUUAGUUGCUUGGGAGCCUUUAAAACCACUGUUGAAAGUCCGUUAUCUUAUGAGUCUGUUACCAAUAGCAAAUUGUUUGGAACGUUAAACAAUGCAGAAUAA